ACAAAAGAGAUGCAAAAAAAAUACACAUUUGGAUGGACAAUUGUGCAGCCCAGAACAAAAAUUGGGCUUUGUUUUCCUACCUGACAGGAUUGGUAAAUUCAAAUGAUAUUGAAGCUAAUGAGAUUGUUUUAAACUAUCUAGAGACAGGACAUACAUUUAUGUCUGCAGACCAUUUCCAUCACCAAGUUAAUAAACAGAUAAAGUCAAAAGGAAAAAUGUAUGAUUUUGAAGACUUCAAAGAUGCUGUCAAAGCUAGUAACUCUGGAAAGGUUACUGUAAAGAGCAUGGAGCAUCAGGACUUUUUCACAGAAUUUAACUAUUCUUCACAGUAUAAAAUUAUGCAUAAAGUUCCUUGUCCAUAUCUUAGUGAAAUGGUACAUGUUCUUUUCCAAAGAGGAUCUUUUGACAUGUUCUACAGAAAAUCAUUCAGUGGGGAAGUCUUUCAAUUGUCCUUUUUAAAAGCAGGAUUUACGAAGAAGAGAGAAGUUCCAAAACCAAAUACAAGAACCAGCCCCAGAGGUGUGAACAAAGAAAAGAAACAAGACAUUAUUAAAAAACUUGUGCCUUUGAUGCCUCCCAACAGACAUGGCUUUUGGGUUGAUCUAGCAGUGAGUGAGGAGCCUGAUCUAAUCACAGAACAUGACAUUGACUGAGUUGUAUAGACAAUAUUCAUGUAAAUUUCUAAAAAUGUGUGUAACUUUGUCAUCAUAGUAAUUAGAAGUCUCAUUUUAUCAUUAAAACUAACACUAGAUAAAUA